CAGUUCGUCAGUCCGCUCAGCAGAAGCAGCCCUCCGCCAUGACCACGUCGAUGAUGAGGGUCUUCGCCGUCCUGGCUGCCCUAGCGGCCGUCGCCACCGCCGCGCCCCAGGUCAGCCGGAACGCCAUCCAGUCCGGGGACGACCUCGUGGACUCGUUGUACAGUGACUGUCUGCAGAAGAACUCGGUGUCGUGUGUUAAAUACAAGUUGUUCUCGUUCGUGGACAAGGUGCUCGGCGGCAAGGACAGCUUCUCCCUGACCGAAGGGGUGACGGUGGUGCAGGCGCCCGCGCCCGCCGCUGGCGGUGAUGGCGCACCCCGCGCGCUCACCCCUGAGGACGCCGAGACCCAGGACGUCGAGUCGAUGCUGGCGUCGCGCAUCAAGCGCUUCCUCGACACCCACACCGUCAAGAUCGACCUCAAGGGCAGCGACGUCCUCAACGCCGUCAACUCGGCCGGCCGCGCUCUCGGCGACAUGGCUGACUCCCUGGGACUGACCGAGACCGAAGAGACCGGGCUCGUCGGCGAGGAGAGCAGGGGCAAGAAGAAGAAGGCCGCCAAGAUCCUGCUGCCCCUCCUGCUGAUGAUGAAGCUGAAGGCCGCCGCCCUGAUCCCCCUCGCCCUCGGCGCCAUCGCCCUCAUCGCCGGCAAGGCCCUGCUCAUCGGUAAGAUCGCCCUGCUGCUCGCCUCCAUCAUCGGCCUGAAGAAGCUGCUGUCCCAGCAGCAGAAGACCGUCACCUACGAGAUCGUGUCUCACGGCCACGGCCACGGUGGUGGCGGCGGCGGCCACGACUCCUGGUCCUCCGGCUCCGGCGCCUCCUUCGGCGGCAGCAGCGGCGGCGACUACGGCGGCUCCUCCAGCGGCGGCCACGGCGGCAGCAGCGGCGGCUGGGGCAGGUCCAUCACCGAGGACGCCCACCAGAUGGCGUUCAGGGCGCAGGUCCCCGCCACCCAGCAGUAAGGCGAGUCCUCCGUCUACAAGCACCUCCGUCCCGCCGCCGCGCCGCGGGCGCCUCGCUCCGCCGGGG